AUGAUACCGAACCGAGCUUGGGCCUUCCUGUGCCUGAGCUUCCUGACCUUCCCCAAUGCCGAAGAGGCGGAGGACUGCGACGCUGCGCGGACGGAGCUGCUGCAAGUAGGCCUAGGGCUCCACAAGGAGGAGGUCGUGGAUCCGAGUUUGCAGUAUACCGACUGCUGGAACCACACCUAUCCCACGGAUGCUGAGGUGUUUCAUUUGCACAUCCCCAAAGUGGCAGGCUGUUCCACGGUACACGACUUGGGGCAAAUCGUUGGCCGCGAGAACUUGUAUUCAGAUGAGAUCUGCUUCUCCUUCUCAAAGAGAGCUGUGUUCCAACACACCGUCGUGAUGCUCCGUCGUCCAAGAGACCACGUCUUCUCGAUGUACCAGCAUUGUUAUUCCGGUGGCGGCCCUGGAUACUACGCGGCGCUCAAGUUCAUGAACGCUGCUCCAGGAGAGCCAGGUUUCUCGCUUCCGGACACUUUCGGCAAGUGGAUUCACAAGUGGGUUACAGAACCACACUUUGGCUUCUACGGCGUCUACAUGGACGAAUUCCAUUGCUACUUCCCCAAAGAUCU